GGUUCCUCCAAUUCUGAGGCUAACCACCUCCAAAGUAAGCUCUGGAAUUUCUCUUCUCUGUCCAAAAUCAGACCAGAUUACUUCCACUUCUCAUCACUAUGCUUCUCCAUUUACCUUCCCAGAAAACCUUCUCUGUAAGUAUUCCUCUUCCUCUCCCUCGAAAAUGAAAUGAUUGUGCGUUUUGUUCUUGAAUUUUUUAUUUCUGUAUUCUUCUUGGAGUUGAAAUUUACCAUGCAGGCAUUCACAAGUAGAAGAAAGUUUCUGGGAACUUUCAUUAGAGAUUUUGUUCAAUCGCCGAGCAGAGGGAGAUGGUUCAUUCCUUUUCGACCUUAUGUAAAGUUUGAGCAAACGACGUGCCGUAUCUCAGUUCCUGGGAAUGAAGAAAAUGCGCCUUCAAGCUAUUUGAGGGACAAGAAGAAGAUGGUUCCUCAUUCAGACCCUCCCAGCAAUAAGGAUGUUAAUCUUUUGUAUCAAUUUUUUGAUCAUAGCACUAAUCUCGUGGUAUUGAGUGGAGCUGGAAUUAGUACAGAGUGUGGAAUUCCUGAUUACAGAAGCCCGAAUGGAGCUUACAGUUCUGGUUUCAAACCAAUUACUCAUCAGGAGUUUCUUCAUUCAAGUCGGGCCCGCAGGCGGUAUUGGGCUCGGAGCUAUGCUGGAUGGAGACAGUUUACUGCUGCACAGCCUGGUGCAGCUCAUUUUGCUUUAGCAUCACUAGAAAAGGCAGGCCGUGUCAAUUUUAUGGUUACACAAAAUGUUGACAGACUACAUCAUCGUGCUGGGAGCAAUCCACUUGAAUUACAUGGAACUGUGUAUUCCGUCAUUUGUCUAGACUGCAGUUUUUCCUUUAGUCGGAAUUUAUUUCAGGACCAGCUGAAGGCCCUCAAUCCAAAGUGGGCUGCAGCAGUUGAAAGUUUGGAUUAUGGAAGUCCUGGAUCAGACAAAAGCUUUGGCAUGAAGCAGAGGCCAGAUGGUGAUAUUGAGAUUGAUGAAAAAUUCUGGGAGGAAGAUUUCCACAUACCUACAUGCCAAAAGUGCAAUGGGGUGCUCAAACCUGAUGUUGUUUUCUUUGGUGAUAAUGUUCCAAAGGAUAGAGCAGACAAGGCAAUGGAGGCUGCAAAAGGAUGUGAUUCAUUCCUUGUUCUGGGAUCAUCUCUAAUGACCAUGUCUGCUUUUCGACUUGUUAGGGCUGCUCAUGAGGCGGGUGCUGCUACGGCAAUUGUAAAUGUAGGAGUGACAAGAGCUGAUGAUUUUGUGCCCUUGAGAAUUAAUGCCCGAUUAGGAGAGGUAAAGUCCUCUGAAACCAACUUGGGAGCUAGCUUCUGCCAUUUUGUGUUACUUUUGUUGAUCCUCAGCAUUUUGUGUUAAUCCCCAUGGAUUUUUAAUAGAUACUGCCUAGAGUGAUUGAUAUUGGAUACCUUAGCAUCCCUGCUUUCUAGGUAUGAUAUUGGAAACCAGGUAUAUUCCAUUCUUUUCAAUCCCAAAAAUGGUGUUGAUGGCUAUCAAAUCAUUUUGGUAAAUGGUAAGAUUUCAAGAGCAAUGAAUUGAAUGGUUCAUGUUUUCUCCUUUUGUUUCUAGGUGAGGACUUCAAAUGAAGGAUGCAUCUGUACCCAUUACAAAGUAAUUACGUUUACUUCCUGUUUUAACCAUAAAAGCUGAAAAGCAAUACCAAAGAAUUGACAAUUUUUAUUUUUAUUUUUUGGUGAAAGCAAUUUACAAUUUUUAAUUGUUUGCUUUGAAUGUAUUGUUUCAAAUUUUCACCUGAUUAGAGUCGAUUAACCAAUUAUGGGCAGAGAUUCUUCUUUAGGC